GUUUCCAGAAGAGAGCUGAGUGAGUGCAGUAAUGUAAGUGUAAGUGUGCCGUCAAACACAAAUAAACACAGAUUGAGAGGGUGAUGUGGAGGGGCGGGGCGGGUCGAGCUGUGUGAAGCUCCGCCGACCGAACAAGAACAAGAACUUUUCCAUGUGAAGGUCCAAUUUUGAUCCGCGGACUCUGAAGUACAAACCUGACCCUGCUUGAUUAACUUUACCGUGUUUAAACUGUGACAUAUGAAUUUCUGCUGAAGUUUGACGUUCUUUGUGGAUUUACGGUUAAACUGCGACCUUUGGCAUCGUGUUUCUGGGGGUUCUGCUGGUGUUUGGUUCAGAUAUGGGCAGUAAAGCGCUACCGGCCCCGGUUCCACUUCACCCGUCCCUGCAGCUCAACUACUCGUUUCUGCAGGCGGUCAACGCUUUCCCCGCGGCCGUGGAUCAUCUGCAGGGACUGUACGGGAUUGGUUCGGUUCAAACCAUGCACUUGAACCCCUGGACUGUGGGUUACCCUCACGUUCAAGGCCUCGUGGACCCCCGCUUUCCGUUUCCCGCGGCUCUUCCUUUCGCCGCGCACCUUUUCCACCCCAAACACGGAUCCGUGGCGCGCGUCAUUCCCGCGCUUCACAAGGACAGACCCAGAUUUGACUUCGCCAACCUCGCGGUCGCGGCGACGCAGGAAGAUCCGCCGAAACCCGGUGAGAUCUCCAAACUGAGCGCCGAGCUGAGCAAACUCUCUCCGGACAGGAAGCCCACGCGCGGGAGACUCCCGUCCAAAACCAAAAAGGAAUUUAUUUGCAAGUUUUGUGGGAGACACUUCACCAAGUCCUACAAUCUGUUGAUCCACGAGCGCACGCACACGGACGAGCGGCCGUACACCUGCGACAUCUGUCAGAAGGCCUUCAGGAGACAAGACCACCUGAGAGACCACAGAUACAUUCACUCCAAGGAGAAACCCUUCAAAUGUCAAGAGUGCGGCAAGGGAUUUUGUCAGUCGCGAACGCUGGCUGUUCAUAAAACGUUGCAUAUGCAGGAAUCUCCUCACAAAUGUCCCACAUGCGGAAGAACCUUUAAUCAAAGAAGUAACCUGAAAACUCACCUUCUCACCCAUACAGACCUCAAGCCUUUCUCCUGCGGCCGCUGCGGCAAGGUGUUUCGACGCAACUGUGACCUGCGACGCCACAGUUUGACACACACACCGCAACAGGACUUCUAAUAAACAAACACACAGCAAACCCUCUUAUACAUGACUACGUUUCAUGGGCAAGAAAUAAGGAGUCGUCAACAAAAGGGACAAGAUUGCACACAAACAGACUCUAUGAACUCUAUGAAUGUAUAUAAUGUCUUUAUUGUCAUUUUUGUUUGUUUGUUUGUUUGUUGCAUUUGAACUCAGAGUCGUUCCAAACAUCUGUGUUCACCUCUUGAAAAAUGAAGUGUAUAGGCUAAAUAAAACAGAUUGGGCUGAUCUCCUCACAGCCUCGAAAUGAGAACAUUAUUAAUAAACUAUGUUGCACCCGAAACCGAUAAGUGAGGUGAAGUGGUCAACAUCUGUAAUAAAACUGUGUAAGUACACGUGACUGGAGUUUUGUUGCCAACAUUUUCCUUCGGUUUUUAUUUAAUAUUUUUUUCUUCUAUUUUGAAUCCUCACAUUAAGCUGCUGCAAACGUAAAUAAAUAUAUUACUCCCUUUAA